AUGUCUCAGGCUGUGCAGACCAAUGGAACUCAACCUUUAAGCAAAACAUGGGAGCUCAGUUUAUAUGAAUUACAGAGAACACCUCAGGAAGCAAUAACUGAUGGCCUGGAAAUAGUGGUGUCACCUAGAAGCCUGCACAGUGAACUGAUGUGUCCCAUUUGUUUGGAUAUGUUGAAAAACACCAUGACAACAAAGGAAUGCUUGCAUCGUUUCUGUGCUGACUGUAUCAUUACAGCUCUCAGGAGUGGAAACAAAGAGUGUCCCACAUGUCGUAAAAAGCUUGUUUCUAAAAGAUCACUGAGACCAGAUCCGAAUUUUGAUGCCCUCAUCAGUAAAAUUUACCCAAGUCGUGAUGAAUAUGAGGCUCAUCAAGAGAGAGUUCUAGCAAGGAUCAGUAAGCACAAUAACCAGCAAGCUCUGAGCCACAGCAUUGAGGAAGGAUUAAAGAUUCAAGCAAUGAACAGGCUACAACGAGGCAAGAAACAACAGAUUGAGAAUGGCAGUGGAGCAGAGGAUAAUGGUGACAGUUCACACUGUAGCAAUGCUUCAACACACAGCAACCAGGAAGCGGGGCCUAGUAACAAAAGAACCAAAACAUCAGAUGAUUCUGGGCUAGAAUUGGACAAUAACAAUGCAACUGUGGCAAUAGACCCAGUAAUGGACGGUGCUAGUGAAAUAGAGCUAGUCUUCCGGCCCCAUCCUACACUCAUGGAGAAUGAUGACAGUGCACAGACCAGAUAUAUAAAGACCUCAGGCAAUGCCACAGUUGAUCACUUGUCUAAGUACCUAGCUGUGAGGUUGGCUUUGGAGGAACUUCGGAGCAAAGGAGAGUCAAACCAGAUGAAUCUUGACACAGCCAGUGAGAAGCAGUACACAAUUUACAUUGCUACGGCCAAUGGCCAGUACACUGUAUUAAAUGGUUCCUUUUCCUUGGAGCUGGUCAGUGAGAAGUACUGGAAAGUGAACAAACCCAUGGAACUCUACUAUGCACCAACAAAGGAACAUAAAUAG